AUGUCCUCAUCUCCAGAAUUUGUUGUUGGUUGCCUCAGCUGGGGUGAAAAAUGGAACGCGGAGAAUGUCCAGCGCUUGUUAGAGCGCCUUGACGCAGCGGGAAUCAAGCACUUUGACACUGCCAGCUAUUAUCCCCCAACUAAUUUGGGAGCUUCCGAGAAGCUUCUGGGAACUGUCAAACGACCUGGAUUUACCAUUGAUACCAAGAUUCUCUUAAGACCUGAGGCCCUGCGAAAGGAUCUCAUGGAGGGAUCCCUGCGCCAGAGCUUGGAAAGCCUUGGUUUAACAAAGGUCAAGACUCUCUAUGCACAUGCUCCGGACAAAAUCACCUCGAUCGCCGACCAAGCCGCCAACUUCAACCACUUUUAUGAGGCUGGAUACUUUGAGCAGCUCGGUCUAUGCAACUAUUCGCCCGAGCAACUGUCUGAAUUCAUUGAAAUCGCGAAAGCCAAAGGCUAUAUCCUCCCCGCAAUCUACCAAGGCCAGUAUAACCUGUUUUGUCGCCAAUACGAGACCGAUCUCUUCCCUCUUCUCCGAGAGAACGGAAUACAAUUUGUCGCCAACUCCCCUCUGGCUGGAGGGUUUGUGACAGGGAAGAUUAGUGGAGACCAGGAUGCCGAAAAGCUAAAGGGUACUCGAUUCGAGCAGAGCGAAACCAAUAUGUUGGGCUUCCUUUACCGCAUGUGGUACGACAAGCCGGUAUUCCAAGCCGCGAUGGAUGAGCUCAAAGCUGCGGUCGCUCAGUACCAAGGCGAGGCGACUAGCUCAGCUCUGGCCCAGGCGGCAUUUCGCUGGCUUUUGUUCCAUUCUGGUCUUCGGAGCACAGACCAAGUUGCAAUUGGACCUAAUAGUGUUCAACAACUUAAUGAUUACCUCGAUGCUCGUGACGCUGGUCCACUGUCAGAGGAGCUAGCAAAGACUAUUGAUAACCUCUAUCAGCCGCUUCGUGAGCAGGCUGCGCCAUUGGUGCAGGUUGGUUGGUGGUCCUGA